AGCCCUGCGUCGGCGUCGCUCUCCACAAUUUUGCUUUGCUCUUCUGUUCGCGUUAUUUUUAGGCCGCCAAAAACAGUUUCUUUCGUUUUCGUCGCUAAAAUAGACAAAAAAUUGUGGCUGUAAACGACUGUGUAGCGCCUUUUAAAACAUAUAUACACGCACCUCGUCGUCACUGCCGGCCUCGCCACUGACGGUGGACGCUUUUAAGUUGACAGCAACAGCAAGGCAGCUGUACUAAAACUAGCCCUACGACUAGCACACGCGCUCGCGACUCGCACGCAGUGUGGUGCGCACACCCCCCGCAGCGAUGAAUCUGCUGUACGUAUUUGGCCUGAUUCUGGCCGUUCGCUUGGCUUCCGUUUUCGUGGUGAAGACCUACUACGUGCCCGACGAGUACUGGCAGAGCCUGGAAGUGGCCCACAAACUGACCUUUGGAUAUGGCUACCUGACAUGGGAGUGGGUCCAGGGUAUACGCAGCUAUGUGUAUCCCCUGCUGAUUGCCGGACUGUACAAAGUGCUUGCCCUGCUACAUCUGGACAGCGUUCAGUUGCUGGUGCUGCUGCCGCGCAUCCUUCAGGCCACAUUGACGGCCUACUCCGACUAUCGCUUCUAUGUGUGGACGGGCAAGCGUAAGUGGGCCUUGUUUCUGAUCUUGGUGCCUUGGUUCUGGUUCUACACGGGCUCGCGCACCCUGGCCAACACCUUGGAGGCAUCGCUGACUACGAUUGCCUUGAGUUACUUCCCCUGGUAUGGCGAGGGAACGGCAUAUUUGUGGCCCGCUGCCAUCAGUUGCUUCCUGCGUCCCACGGCUGCUGUUAUCUGGUUGCCCCUGUCCAUUUAUCAUCUUCGCAAGAGCCGCCAGUCUGUGGUGGAGCUGAUUCUGAAGCGUUUCUUGCUCAUCGGUUUACUUGUUGCCGGCUUGGGCAUUGCCAUCGACACGUACUGGCACGGCAAGCUGAUUGUGACGCCGUACGAGUUCCUCAAGUACAACAUCUUCAACAACAUUGGCAGCUUCUAUGGUUCGCAUCCGUGGCAUUGGUACUUCACCGUCGGCCUGCCCACAGUGCUGGGCAUCAACACGCUGCCGUUCAUAUACGGAAUCAUGGAGACGGUUCGCAAAUCGGAAAAGUACGAGAUUAGCAAGCAACUGCUGAUUACCAUUUUGCUCACUUUGUGCGUGCUGAGUACCGUGGAGCAUAAGGAGUUCCGCUUUGUGUCUCCGCUGCUGCCCCUGUGCCUGUAUGUGAGUGUCGAUGCCCUGUCCCGCUGGAGUUAUCGUGCUUCAUCGACAAUGCUAUGGUGCACGGCAUUUGUGAUUCUGCUGGGAAAUGUGCUGCCCGCCUGGUACUUGAGCACGGUGCACCAGAAGGGACCCAUCGACCUGAUGCCCAAACUGAGGGACAUUGCCCAGGAAUAUCGCGAUGAGCGUGAGCAGCGGGCCAACAUACUCUUCCUGAUGCCAUGCCAUUCGACACCGUUUUACAGUCACAUCCACGAGAAUGUCACCAUGCGCUUCCUGACCUGCGAGCCGAAUCUGAAGAAUCAGGAGAACUUCCAGGAUGAAGCAGAUCGCUUUUAUGAGUCGCCCAAUCACUGGCUAAACUCUCACAUACCGAUCCAUCCACGCACUGCACUGCCCACGCAUGUGGUGCUGUUCGAUUCGCUGACUGAGAAGAUUGGCGACUUUCUGGCCAACUACAAGCUGCUGCACAGCAUCGAGCAUGCAGAGCAUCGCCAGUUGCGCACUGGACGGGCCAUUCAGGUCUAUCAGCGUCUGCUGAAGGGCGAAGAGAAUGCGUUUAAUCGUGACCAGCUCCCGUCCGAGCAGGACAUUGAGUCGCUGAUCUCCGAUGAGCGUUUUAAUUAAGUACAUAGUUUAUGAACAAGACCCACGAAAGAGACUGGCAACAAAACUAACAAACCAUAGCCCUCCGUUCAAAAGCAAGAUAAUGAAGAGAAGGGAAGAGAAGAGAAGAUUACUUUGAUACAAAACGUAUGUAUAUUUUGUACCCAUUUUUGGCCUUAGGAAAGUUUUUAAAAACAUUGACGAGAUGAGACGAUAAAACUUUGAUAUUUUUAGAGAUUAAAUACGCGGUUUACGUAGUUUAUGUUUAAGCCAACGUAUAAGUUAGCCACCGUUAGGUCUAAAGUGAGGCAAUAUAUAUUUAAACUGUCCUUUGCUUUAAUUUCUCAAAAAUAAAGGUUCAGUGUCACGGCAAAAUGUCGCCCACCCCACAU